AUGUUAACUGAAGAACAACAGAAAUGUGAAGAAUAUUUCAAUAGUACAACACGUAGAGUACCUGAUGGGCGUUACGUGGUCCGAUUACCUUUUCGCGAAGCUGAUCCUGCGUGUAAAUAUGGUAGAUCUAGGGAGAUAGCUGAAAAUAGUUUAAAAUCGUUAGAAAGAAAGUUACACAAAAAUAAAGAAAUGAAGAAAAGAUAUACAGAUGUUAUAAAAGAGUACUUACAUUUAGGUCACAUGAUUCCUGUUCCAGAGAAUGAUGAUAAGCAGUCUGAAUCUGUUUACCUUCCCCAUCAUGCGGUCAUACGAGAGGACAAGUCUACCACAAAGGUGAGAGUCGUUUUUGAUGCGUCGUGUAAGGGUAUAAAUGGCGUAUCAUUGAACGACACAUUACUGAUUGGUCCACAGUUACAACCUGAAUUGCGACAUCUAAUUAUACAAUGGAGAAUACAUCCUAUUUGCUUAGUGGCCGAUAUUAUAAAAAUGUAUCGCCAAGUGCGAGUCCAUGAUGAUGAUACAGUGUUUCAGCGAAUACUAUGGAGAGAUAAUCCGGAAGAUUCGGUGCAGGAAUACCAGCUCCUCACUGUCACAUUUGGAACAGCUUCAGCCCCAUAUUUAGCAGUCAAGGCACUGCAGCAGGUGGCACUUGAUGAAGGAGAUAAAUAUCCAGAAGCAGCAAAAAAGAUCCUUGAAGACUUUUAUAUGGAUGACCUUAUGAAAUAAACAUGUUGCUCAACAAAGGUGGAUUCAAAUUGCAGAAAUGGAAUAGUAAUGAUGAAAGGAUAAUAAAAGAAAUUAAUUUAGAAAAUAAAGAACAAGAUUUAGAACAAAAUUUGGAAAUUAAACUAGACUCUAUAGUG